AUGCCGAUCAUCACGUUCGUUGCACGCGUCUCCGAUGGCAUGCUACUGGUUGCAUCUAUGGAGUCGAUUGGAGACGGGAAUCUGGACAUGUAUAAGCAACAGGCAAAGCAGAUUAUGAAGAAACUAGACCAACGCUCGCCUACCAAAUGCAGCAUCGAGUCGGGCGCCUACACGUUCCACUAUUUAAUGCAGGAGGGGGUGUGCUACUUGACGCUGGCAGACCGAGGAUUUCCGAAACGUUUAGCCUUUUUAUAUUUAGAAGAGGUGCAUACGGGCUUUAUAGAGGAGUUGGAACGUGACAGUGGUAGCAAUUGGCGUGAUGUGAUCACGACUGUUGCGAGGCCCUAUGCGUUCAUCAAGUUUGACAAGUUUAUUCAGAAGAAGCGGAAGGAGUACGCCGAUCCCAACUCGUCGCAGAAUAUGCACCGCCUUAAUGACGAUCUAGCUGAUAUUCACAAUAUCAUGCGCAAAAACAUUCAGGAGGUUUUAAACCGCGGCGAACGCGUUGAAAACGUAUCGCGUAUCUCCUCGAAUCUGGCGGACAGGUCAAAAGACCUCAAGUGGGGCGCCAAAAAGCUGCGCAUGCAGGCCAUCUAUCGCCAGUACGGCCCCAUUGUUGCGGUCGUGCUCUUCGUGCUGCUCGUUAUUUACGUCAAGUUCUUUUAG